AGGGGGCGGUGUGAGGCUCCGCGGACGCCCCGAGGGCCGCAGAGGAAGAGGCGGCUCAGACAGGAGCUGAUUACGACGGAGCAGACACAGGUGGCGGCGCUGGGUGGUGGUAUCUGAACGGAGAAAAACACAAACCGAAGUGACCAUGAAGAACGAAGGCAUAGAGGGGACGGAGCGGUUCCAGAGCCCGGGCAAAGGCAGCGGCCUGCGGGCGGUGCGGCAGUUCGCGGUCGGGGAGCUGGUGUUCGCCUGCCCUGCCUACUCCUACGUGUUGACGGUGAACGAGAGGGGAGCGCAUUGUGAGCACUGCUUCACCAGGAGAGAAGAUCUGUUUAAGUGUGGCAAAUGUAAGCAAGCCUAUUACUGCAACAUUGACUGUCAGAGAGGUGAUUGGCCCAUGCACAAACCAGAGUGUGUAGCCAUGUGUGCCCAUGGGGAAAACUGGUGCCCAUCAGAAACCGUCAGACUGGUGGCCAGGAUUAUCAUGAAACAGAAAGUCACAACAGAGCGCACGGCCUCAGAACGGCUGCUUCUGGUCAAAGAAUUUGAAUCUCAUCUAGAUAAGAUGGACAGUGAGAAGGAGGAGAUGAACCAGGCAGACAUAGCAGCGCUGCAUCACUUUUACUCCCGCCACAUCCGCGACCUCCCCAACGAGCAGGCGCUCACGGAGCUAUUUGCACAGGUUAACUGUAAUGGUUUUACCAUAGAGGAUGAGGAACUCUCACAUUUGGGAUCAGCUGUUUUUCCUGAUGUAGCGCUGAUGAACCACAGUUGUUGUCCUAAUGUCAUUGUGACCUAUACGGGCACAGCGGCGGAGGUCAGAGCUGUGAAAGAGAUAAACCCUGGAGAGGAGAUCUUUAACAGUUACAUAGAUCUGCUCUAUCCAACGGAGGACAGGAGGGAGAGGCUGUUGGAUUCCUACUUCUUUGAAUGUCAGUGUACUGAGUGCACCAGCAAGUCUAAGGACAAAGCAAAAAUGGAAAUCAGGAAGCUGAGCUCUCCACCAGAGUCGGAGGAAGUCCGGUCCAUGGUCUGUUACGCUAAGAAUGUCAUUGAGGAGUUUAGAAGAGCCAAACACUACAAGACCCCCACUGAGCUCCUGGAGAUGUGUGAGCUCAGCCUGGAGAAGAUGGGGGCUAUAUUUGCAGACACCAAUGUGUACAUGCUGCAUAUGAUGUACCAGGCCAUGGGUGUCUGUCUCUACAUGCAGGACUGGGACGGAGCAAUGAGCUACGGGGAGAAGAUUGUUCAGCCUUACAGUGUGCAUUACCCAGCCUACUCUCUGAAUGUGGCGUCUAUGUAUCUGAAACUUGGACGUCUUUAUUUGGGGCUGGAGAAGAAAAUGCAAGGAGUGAAAGCUCUAAAGAAGGCUUUGGCCAUCAUGGAGGUGGCUCAUGGGAAAGAUCACCAUUAUGUAGCAGAAGUCAAACGUGAAAUCAGCGAGCAGAAGUAAAGAAAGCGACACAACAGGAGCCAAAGGAUUCAAGACGGAGGAUCUGCACUGAAAACCUCUCCGAAAGCAACAAACACAUCACACCUGCAUGGCAUGCAUCUAAUACGUCUGAUUCUUCUUACUGUUUCAACAUCUGCCUACUUCCUGUCGGACCUGGACUUAAACACAGACAUGUUUUUGGAAACGCACGUUUACGAGCUUGAACAUCGUUUGGAAAUGUUUUCUGCAAGUCGAUGCUCAUUAAAUCCAUAUCACCUGCAGCAUAGUGUAAUUCAGAGCAUCUCCACAGUGAGGAAGAAUGUCUGUAUUACAUUUGGAGCUGCUGUUGGGAGGAACUAUACAACCUCCCAUGUGACGCUACUAGUUGUCUUUGUCUGUUUACUUUUAUUCCACGUCUGAAGUCGUGCACGUUGUCCUCGGAACCCAUUCAACUGCCUCCUGGCUAUGGUUUUACACACUGAGCAACAAGCACGUUGGUAUUCAGUCACAGCCAAUGCAUUUUAAUUCUUUUAGAUGUUCACCAGAUUUUCUAGCUUCAUGAAUUCUUGUUUAAGAGGUGAAAGAAGGAUUGACCAUGCGUUUAUCUGUAGCAUCGUAAAAGAGAAUGCAAAGAACUGUUUCUAAAGGAACAGCCAGUUAUUUGAUUGCAUGGAUUUUAUAAGAACCAGAGGAAAGGUUGUGCGUUUGUUUCAUUUUCGUAUGAAGCUUGUUGACCAAAAGGGUGACGAGUUUAACUGAUGAGGAUCCAGCUGUGAUCUCUACUCAGUGUAUCCUUAAACUGGGGUGCUGAUCUAAGACCAGCCAAGUCACCAUGAAGCUCUUGGUACUAUAAUCUGACCAGUGCUUUUUCGGUCAGAGCCCCUUUUGCUCUCAGGAAGAAAAAAAAAGUGCAACACUGUAGCUUAUGUUGCGUUGUGGGAUAUGUUUUCAUACCUUUUUAGUGUUUGCCCAGAACCUCCACAAAUUUAGAUCCAGGUUCUGAACCCUGGGAAUAGAAACAAUUUGGCAGCGGUGGGCAGAAUAUGAAUGUGCAUUGUCUGUAAACAACAGGAAACAUAUUCCUUUAAUUGAUGUAAAUGAAGUAAUUCUUAAAGUUUGUUACAAAAUAGAUAUGAAACAUUGUAAACUUAUUCCUCCACCUCUACCUUAGCAUUUAGCUCAUUUGUGCUUAAACUAACAGCAAGCUGAGAUCAUUUAGAUGCAAUAAUAAUACAGUAAAAAGCUACUAUAGUUUUUAAGUAAACCUUAUCCAUCGUGGGAAUGGAUCCUCUCCUCUAAUACACUGUCAUCAGCACAACGCUACGAUUUGAAGACACAAUUUGUUGUCAACAAUAUUUAAUGACACCUGAGCAUGAAAUCAUAACUCGGUGCAGGCAGAGCUCAUAUGUUCCCUGUCUGUAGAUUUAACUAAACCAUUACUUCAAAAUAUCAACGUAAAAGUGGCUGAACUAAACCUUAUGUCGUUAAUACUCCAUAAAGCGUGAAUGAGGCUUUAGGGUGGAGCGUUGAGGUGAUGCAAAUAUCACCUAGGCCUUAUUGAAGGGUUCUUAUUGCACUCAGAUUUUGUAAAGAGUUUGUGUCACAAUGAUGUCAAAAUGGCAAACAGCACAUCUGUGUGAUCAGCGUUCUUUUUCUCUAAUGCCUGUAGCUUCUUCCUCUUGUUUAUUAUGGAUGCAGUCCUAUGCACCUCAUGAACGUCAGUUACAGAUGGUUAAAAUAGUUGCAUGUGGUCAUAUUUGUAGCAACUCUUUGGUGAUCUUCUAUGUCACCUCAAAUAAAUGCAUCUUCAGAAACACAAUUAUAGCAACUUUUAUAAAGGGCAGUCCAUAAAGGAUUAGUACAUGACACAACCAAAAAUUAUCUUAACACUUAAUUUUCCAUAUCUGAGCAUUUAAUUUCUGGUAAGACACUGACAAAAUAAUUUGUUUUCUAUUUUUGGUCAUGUCAUAGAAAACCGGUGGCACAAGGAUUAACACAUUAAAUCCAUGUUCAUGCUGCAUGCAGAAAACCAAAUGAAGACUAUCACAAUGUUUUAUAUCAUUUAUGAGAUGAACUGUUACUUUAUCAGGCAUGAAUGUUAUUCUAUUGAAAUGCAUAAUUAAAGAUUGAGCAUUUGAUUCUUUCUGUACCUUGUCAGUGGAACUCAGUAAAUGACAAUAUGACACCUGG